ACUGUUUGUUUUUGCUAGUUGUCCUGGUUCUCUGGUCCUCCGCCUCCGCUAGCUAGCUUUUGGUGCUGUUUUGAGUGGUUGGCUGCCAUGGGAAGAGCUCCAUGCUGUGACAAGUCCAGAGUGAAGAAAGGACCCUGGUCACCGGAAGAAGACACCACCCUCAAGAACUACCUCCACAAACAUGGCACUGGUGGCAACUGGAUUGCUCUACCGACCAAAGCAGGCCUCAAUCGUUGCGGUAAGAGUUGUCGUUUGAGAUGGCUAAACUAUCUUAGGCCUGACAUCAAGCGUGGAGGUUUUACUGAGGGAGAAGACAAUGUUAUUUGCACUCUCCAUGGUACCAUUGGAAGUAGGUGGUCUAUUAUAGCUUCUCAACUUCCAGGAAGAACUGACAAUGAUAUUAAAAACUAUUGGAACACCAAGUUGAAGAAAAAACUCUUGGCAACAAACAACAUGAAUUUGGCUACUAGAGACACUGUUGAUACCAACUUGUCACAGUUUUCGGAUUCGAUUCCGAAAACUGAAACCCUACAUGACCAGGGAGCACCAUCUUGUUUUGAUGGCACAUUGCCAUAUCUAAUGGAUGUAAGCUCGGGGCAAAGUUUUGAUCCCUGCACUCAAAUUUCUCCUUCAAACCCUAUGGAAGUUAAUGGUUUUGAGACUAGAGAAGGCAAGAGUUUCAGCAUUAUUUCACCAUCUCAAGAAGUUUCAAGCCUUCCAACUUCAUCUGGUUUGGGUUUGGAGAACAAUUACAGCAUCUGGUCUGGCAAUGAAGGUGUCGAUAAUGUCAGUGGGGUUCUUAUGGACUAUGGAUUUGAGACUCCUAAUGAUGAUCUUCUGGAUGGCUUCGGUUAUUAAGUUUCAUUGACUAACACGAAAAUAGUGGGAUGCGACUAUGUUAUUUACUAGCUAAGGUGUUGGUUUUCUGUAAGGUAAUUAAGACCAAUUAAUUUGGAUGAUGGAAUUAUGCACGAAGUUUAUCGACUAAUCACGUGCUGUUGUAGUCUUAUUUUGUACUAAUAUGUUUGUGGAAAUCUUGUGACA